GAAGUAUUACAAGCAUUUUUUAUACGCAGAUAGCUUUAUUCAUUUAAAGAAAAAUGUUAAUUUUUGUACAUACAAACAGGUCAGAAUUCACAAUGCUAGAAGUUUUUUAUUGCUAUUUAAACAAUUUGUAUAAGUUUAAAUGUUUUACCUCAUCUUUUAAUGAGCAUUGCUAAUACUUAAGGCUCUUGAAGAGCAGAAAAUGUAAACAUUUCGUGCUUGAUUUCAUGCAAGAUUUCGUGAGUGUUUUUAUGGUUUUUAUAUACCUUGAUUUCGUGAUUGAAUUCAAGUUUCCAGCGUUGGCCUGUUUUCCUAUUUUGCUAAAUAACGAAAGCCCUGCUGUGAGCCGUGAGGUGGAUUCAUCGACCAGCCGUGUUUGGCCAAACGGCGCGGAGCUGCUGAAGUGACAACUGCAGGAGGGUCACCGCGCCAGAACGAUGGCGGCACGACUCAUAGAGCAAGCGUUCGACCAGUACAACAAGUCCCGGCUGCAGUUCGUGCAGACGGUGGCCGACCUGGCCUCGCGACCGCAGAACAUGGAGCACCUGCACGACAACAACGUCAUGUCGCUGCUGCACCCCCUGCUGAUGGACGUGGUGCCGGCCGUGCAGCAGACGGCCGCCCUGGCGCUGGGCAAGCUGGCCAGCUUCAGCCAGCAGCUGGCGCAGACGCUGGUCACCAGCAACAUCCUGCCGCAGCUCAUCUCGCAAGUGCCCGUCCAAAAUCGUUUCUACAAGAAGUCGGCCUGCUUCGUGCUGCGAGCGGUGGCCAAGCACAGUGUCGAACUGGCUCGCACGGUGAUUGAGAGCGGCGGCCUGAACGCGCUGGUCGUCUGUCUGGAGGAGUUUGACCCGAACGUCAAGGAGUCGGCAGCGUGGGCGAUCGGCUAUGUGGCCCGGCACAGCCCCGAACUGGCCCAGAGCGUGGUGGACGCAGGCGCCGUGCCUUUGCUCGUCCUCUGCAUCAAAGAGCCGGAGAUUGGCGUGAAGCGGGUGGCCGCCUCAGCGCUCAGUGACAUCUGCAAACACUCGGAGGAGCUGACCCACGUGGUGGUCGAGAACGGUGCCAUCUCCAACUUCGCCGCCCUCAUUUCCUCGCCAGACACCAAGCUCAAGCGUCAGAUUUUGUCUGCCCUCUCCAACAUCGCCAAGCACACGCUGGCGCUAGCCGAGCUGGUGGUCGAGGCCGAGAUCUUCCCAGACGUGUUCUCCGGCCUGCAAGACGCCGACGACCUGAUCCGACGCAACACGGCCGGACUCAUCAAGGAGAUUGUGAAGCACACGCCCGAGCUGGCGCAGCUCAUUGUCAAUGCCGGCGGCAUGGCGUCGAUCGUCGACUACCUGGGCCGCUCCGAGGGCCACGUGGCGCUACCGGGCGUCAUGGCACUCGGCUUCACGGCCGCCCACUCACAGCAGCUGGCCAUGUCGGUCAUCGUGUCACGGGGCGUUGUCCAGCUGGCCAUCUGCCUCAAUGAGGAGAAGGACGACCACAUUCGCGGCGCGGCCGUCUGGGCGCUGGGGCAGAUCGGUCGCCAUACGCCCGAGCACGCCAAAGCCAUCGCCAUGGCCAACCUCUUUCCGAAACUGCUCGAGUGCUACACGAGUGCCGACAGCAGUGACGAUCUGCAGGAUAAGGCGCGGCGCACGCUCAAAUCCGUGCUGCAGAUGUGCGUCUACAUGCCGGCUCUGGACCCGCUGCUGCACGAGGCGCCGCCCAACAUACUCAAAUACGUCGUCGGACAGUACAGUAAGGUGCUGCCGCACGACCCGCAGGCGCGCCGGCAAUUUGUCACCUCCGGCUGCCUGAGAAAGGUACAGGAGAUCCAGGCCGAGCCGGGAACGGAGCUGCGCGAGUACAUCAACACCAUCAACAACUGCUUCCCCGAGGAGAUCGUCAGAUACUACAGCCCGGGCUACUCGGAGCACCUCCUGGAGCGGCUGGAGACCUACGAGCCAGACUGGACGGACGGCGCACGAGAGGACUGGCAGCAGGACGCCGCGGCGCCUUCCGGAAUCACCGCCUGAGGGCAGCACAGGCGCCGUAUAGAGGACGCCACAGUCGACCGAUGGCUGAGCCCUACGAUACGAUAAACGGUGUAACGAGAUAAGGGUUGAGUCGAUAGAAUAGCAAUAGGACGUUGUUUAUCAUAUUGAAGUCCUUGAGUCUUUUAUCCCUGAAUGCCUUUUUGGUAGGUUGCAUUAACGUCUUUCAUUCCAAGGCUGUUAUCGAAUCGGUACGUCUCACGUCAUAGAUUGUCUCUUGUCGAAGUACGAAGGAAAUUGUUACCUGUUUUAUACGACCCGUGUGUCCCCCGUGCAAAAUCCUCAAUACAUGUAUACAAUCAGAUA